AAAAAGGCAACGAAAUGAGCUGAGAGGCCAGACGCCGCUCCCUGUGGUGGUCGUACAAAUGCAAACUUGACUGAAACCUAGUGAGACAAAGAGAUUGUUUAGACCUGGUGUGAAGACCUGGUGUUGCUGCUGAGAGCCAAUCACAAGUGGUCAUCUCGAAGUACAGAAACACAAUGGAGAAAAUAACAGAGAAACUUCUGCUGGAGAAAGGUUCUCCAAAAACCAACAGACUGGACCAAAUCAAGACUCUGAAUCUGUCCAAGCUCCAACUGAAGCAUCAGGAUUUGCCAGUCAAGCUGCUGUCCAACCUCCGGUCCCUUGAGCGGUGGGAUCUGUCUGGGAACAGACUCCAGGAGUUUCCCAAGAACCUGAAGCUGCCUGCGCUUCGCUCCCUGGACCUCAGCGACAAUCAGAUGGAGGAUGUUACGACUCUGCAGUGUCUAAGCAGUUUGGAGGAGCUGAAGAUUGAGGACAACCUUUAUAUCACUGUGAGCGAUAAUCACAAGCUGAUGGUCUUGUUACCCAAACUGAGGAUGUACAACGGUAAAGAUGUCAGUACCAAUGCCAACCACUUGCGCUUUGUCUACACUGAGAACCUGAGGACCAGGACAAUCGCAGUUUGGGAGAAGAGCUUCAGUCUCCCAGAUCCCGUCACAGCAGAGAAGCUGUCGACCCUGGAGAAAAACUUUGUCGAUGCCGCCCGACACCAGGUUAAAUUUGGACCCAGCUCAGUCUCUGACUUCACCAAGUGGAAGGUGGAGAUUAUAGCUAAGGAGUACCUGCUCUCUCUGGUGGAACCAAAGAAAGAACCGGAGAGCAACGAGUUCACUGAUACAAAAGACAACUGUGAAAUCUCAACUCCUACCAAGAGGAAAAAAACUGCAGAAGUGGACGCCAACGUAAGUCUGACACCUCGCAAAAAGCUGCGUUCAGAUCCCACAGACUCCCCGGUCCAAGGCAGUCCUCGCAAAUCUAGCCUUCGCCUCAAAUCUCAGACCGACGGCGUCCGGAUGAGCCCCCUUAAGACCGAGCAGCCCCAGUUAACCCCCACCAGAGGACGACCGAGGACAGAGACGCCCAGGAGAGCUUUUAAAAAAGAGGACGGAGCAAAUCUUGACAUGGAGGAGAUUAUUAACAAAAAAGACUUUACUGCUACAAAGCUGCAAAAAGACUUGAUGCCGACAGUGAAGAGCUGCAGCAAGCAGCCGUUGCGUCUGAAGCCUCUACAUGUUCUCCAGUGUCACAGUAAACAGGACAACUCAGAGGAUUUCUCUACUCAGCUGUGGGCCUGUGCUUUCCAGCCGCUGCCAGAUUCCACUGGUGGUUCUGCUGGAAGCCGCUUGGUUGCGACCUGUGGAGGAGACUCUGUGUGUGUGAUCGACUGUGAGGCGGGGAUGGUGAUGAAGAAGUAUAAAGUUUCCGGAGAGGAGUUCUUCUCGUUGGCUUGGUCCGUGGUGUUGAUGUCCAGGGGAGGCGGGGCCUCGGCUCAGCACUGCAGCAUCCUGGCGGCCGGUGGAAAGAGAGGACUCGUCAAACUGAUCCACCCCAGAAACAACGUGGCCUACGGGGAGUUCAGAGCCAGUCGCAAGGCGCUGUCCAUCCUCCGCUUCAACCACCAGCAGGGAAACUUCCUCUUCACGGGUUCAUAUGAUAAAAAGAUCGUGAUGUGGGACAUCGGUGGAGUGGACAGCCAGUACAACUUCAAAGUUGUUCAGCUGCUGCUGUUGGAAACCAGUGCCACCCCCCUGCACAUCUGCCUCCCUCCCACGUCCCCCGGCGCUCACCUGCUCACGGCCUGCGAGGACGGGCUGCACUGCUUCAACACACAACCCGGCACCAACAACACCACCAAGAGGUCCAAGGAGAUGGAGAUAACGUUCCCCAUUUAUAAGAAGGAAGACAAAGAUCAUGACUAUCACACUGUUGAUGGCCUCAGUUUCCUUACUAAUGACAUAGUGGCCUCCAAGAACCACCUGCAUGGUUCUAUUUACUUGUGGAGCUGGAGCAGGACAAAGGCUCAGCGGCCGGACAAGAAGAGCAGGACGGUGUGUGCGGUGGUUCUGGCUGAGCUGCAGUGGGCCGACACAGAGAUUCCUUACCUGGCUCUCAACACCUGUCCCGGACAAGCCUACGUAGUGUGUGGUGACCACAAAGGACGACUGUGGACGUACCACAUCACCAACCUCCAGAACAACAGUUCCCAGAGUGGGAAACCCAUACAGCCCACUGAGGUGUUGGAGUGGCCGACGCCGGUGAGGAAGAGUCACAGCCAAGUGGAGGGCCCCUCCAUCAACAGUGUAGCUAUGGACCCUGAGCUACACUACUUGGUGGCCCUCAGUGACAAGAACAUGGUGAUAGUGUGGAAAAAAGACGAGAGCUCCUGAAGGGAAAUCAUACAGGUUAUUAGAGUUCGUGUACUGGAGAAAGAACAGUACAGAGUGUACCAAAUGUUGGUACUUGUAAGAGUACCUCCAAUACGGAAGUGUUGGAACAUUACAAUUUCAGUUAACGUCCAUACUGGGAGUUUCUCCAGGAACUGGUUUAUUACUCAUUUCCCUCAGUCUGUGUAAGGAAAGUGUUGACGCUGCUGCAGUUACAUCUGUCAGAACAAAAAAAAAAACACCUGAUAGUUUAAAGUUAUACAAUAACAAUUCUCUGUAUUUUCUAUUUGAAAAAUGUCUCAUUCUGCACAGAAUUUAAGCUUCUGAACUGCACGCUUUUAUACUGGAAAGGCACAACUGAAUGCGAUAGUCGAGUAAAGUAGGGAAAAGAGUUAUGGAUUGUCACUAUGUGACAUUUUUAUGUAAUGUACACAUCCAAAAAGUCCAUCCUGAACACAUGAUUUGUUACAAAAAUGAUAUGCAAUCAUUCAACAAACAAAAAAAAUGUCUGUAAUUUAGGUAUAAAGGACUUAGACCUUUAAAUCAGCAGAAGAACUAUAUAUAAAUAUGCGCAAUUUAUAAAAAAUAACAGACUCCACACUGUAAAUUUAGCUGUAAGUGGCCUCAGGUAUAUUUAUUUAAGGCCUUUGCUCAGUUUCAUAUUGUGGUUUCAGUUGGAUUUUAAUGAAGUGACUCUAUGUUAAAUAUUACUUUCUUCAGUUGUAAUAAGAAGCAACUGACACAACUACUUUCUUGUUCUUUUACUUAAUGAGUAAAAGAAGCAACUGAGCACGGUCCAGUUCACCACUGGCCAAAUAACAGAGUUGGAUAAGAAAUAUCAAGAGAAAUAUCAGCAGACCUGCUUCUGCUCUAGACAUGGUGUUGUGAUCUGUCCAACAGCUAUUUUCAGUCAUAAAUAUAAUUUAUGCAUUUUAAAAUAUAGUUGUUUCUUUUAUCUAGAAAUGUACUUAUUUAUUUUUAAUAACCACACAUGCUUGAACUGUUGCUGAGAAAGACCAGCCUUGGACCCGUCUGUAUAAUGAUGCCUUGUAAUGUGCUGAGAUGUUCAGGAAAGCAAACACAGCAGAGUUGACUGCUCCGCAAGGACGAAGUGAAGAUGCAGCUGGAAAGUGAUUGCUGAGAAAAUGGAUGGAGAACAGCGUGUUCCUUCCUGUUUAAUUAUAUUGAUCUGAACACAAAGUUUUAUCCCAGACUAGUUUACUGAGCCUGAGUAUUUGUACCAGUUUUGUACAUGAACGUUAUUCAUUUAAUAAAAAAAAAAGACUUGAUUU